AUGGCUCUGGAGAAGGGCAAAUUGGAUAUCAGCUUCCUGUUUUCCAUGUUUAAAUAUAACAAAAAGAAAUGGCGCAAGCAGAAAGUUCUGAGCGGAGAGCCAGCAGUGGGACGCAAAUUGUCAGACCAUCAAUUGAACCGUAGAUCAGAAGGCGAAUGGCUUGACCUUAAGACUAUGUCUGGAGCAGACCAACUGGAUGGCUUUGGUGAGCAACAUGAUGUAACCCAGGUUACUGACCUCGAUGGUACCUUAGGAUCCCCAUCAAAGAUAUCUGUUGCACCUGAUUUAAAGUCUGUUUACAUUCAUGACUCACAUAGUGAAAUUGACUAUUGUGCUGCAAACUAUGAAGUUAAUGUGAAACCUAAAAAACAUCAUUCAAACCAUUUGCAUCAUUCACACGGCCACUGCCAUUCUAAUAAAGAGAUGCAAGAUGCUGGAAUAGCGAAUAUUGCUUGGAUGGUUAUCAUGGGAGAUGGUAUGCAUAACUUCAGUGAUGGCUUGGCAAUAGGAGCUUCUUUCAGUGCUUCCAUCACAGGGGGGCUGAGCACUUCUAUCGCUGUGUUUUGUCAUGAGCUUCCUCAUGAGCUAGGUGAUUUUGCUGUUCUGAUUAAUGCUGGAAUGUCUGUGAAACAGGCCAUUGUUUACAACCUCUUGUCAGCUCUGCUUGCAUAUGUUGGUGUAGUAAUAGGUAUAGCCGUGGGACAGUAUACUCAUAACUUAACCCAGUGGAUCUUUGCUAUCACUGCGGGCAUGUUCCUCUAUGUGGCAUUGGUGGAUAUGUUACCAGAAAUGCUCCACCGUCCUACAGAUAACCAUAUUCAAGCUAAGUUUGGGCACUUUGCUCUACAGAAUGCUGGGAUGCUCUGUGGCUUUGCCAUUAUGCUGCUAAUUGCCAUUUUUGAGGAUCAAAUCAAAAUCCAAUUCUAACAGUUUUGAUGACAUGUAUGGUCUUGUUUGCCUUAUUCAGUGGUACUUAACUUGGUAAAGCAGAUUGUGACAUAUUUGUUAGGACAGUAGAUUACUUUUCACAGCAACUGAUGUUUGUUUGUGGGUUUGAUGCACGGUUACCUCCGUGGUUCAGUAUGGAAACUUAAAUAAUUACUUUUUUUAUGUCUGUGAAGACAACAAAAUCAAUGCUUGAAAUAAGUAUUUAGCACAAUUAGAUCAGGAUAAGUGAUGUAGUUGUAACAACUGUUUAGAAUACUUUUCGCAUGCAUUGUGACAGGUGUUUGUUUAUGGAUGGCAGUUGCCAACUGUAAUGCCAUCUGGAUUCAUGGUGCUGUUUUUGUGAGAUCAUAUCUUCAGUAUCACACAUACACAAAUGAGCAGAUUUCAAUUUACUUUUGAAAAUGGUGUUAUUUCAUGAUUGUAGAUAUUGUCCAUUGAAUUCAUUUUCACCUUUAACAUUCCUACAUCCAUUAUAAUACCUCAGAACCAUGUUUGCUGUUCUCAUUGAGCAGCUAGAUUGCUUGUUCUAUGUAUUAGUUUCGA